GACUUCCUCCAUGAGGGUGUCAGGGAGCCGCACCCACUGCGCUGUGCUGGCAGUGACCGCGCGCCCAGCGGGAUCGGCAGCCUGGCUUCCCUGCCCUGGUCCCCGCCAGAGAACACCAAAAUGGAGAACAGAUUCUGGGAGCAGCUCUAUCUGGCCCUCACCCUCCUCCUCCUGAAUCUGGGCUCUGCUGUGGCUGUAGAAAACCCUCACAGCUGCUAUGGAGCCCCAGGUCUGCCAGGCAUGCCGGGUAUACCAGGCAGGGAUGGCCGGGAUGGACUGAAGGGAGCCAAAGGGGAGCCAGGUAUCCCAGCUUCUUCUACACAGCUAGGGCCCAAGGGCAUGAAAGGGGAACCAGGCCCCCCUGGCCCUCCAGGCAAGCGUGGCCCCCCUGGGCUCCCUGGUGCAAUGGGAAUCCCUGGGGAGCCGGGCCAUGCCGGCCCCCCGGGAAUGCCAGGCAGCUCCAAGCAGAAGCAGCAGUCAGCGUUCUCAGUGACGAGGCAGACCAGCCAGUACCCCUUGAAGAACAUCCCCGUGGUUUUCAACAACGUCAUCACCAACACCAACCAUGACUACAACACCACCACGGGCAAGUUCACCUGCAGGUUCCCUGGGGUCUACUACUUCGUCUUCCACAGCUCACACACAGCCAACCUCUGUGUCAUCCUGCACAAAAACCAGAGGAGGAUGGCCAGCUUCUGUGACCACAAGACCAACACCAUGCAGGUCAGCUCGGGGGGGACACUGCUGCACCUGGCUGCUGCGGACGAGGUCUGGCUGGGAGUGAACGACUACAACGGCAUGGUGGGCAUCGCCAACUCCGACAGCAUCUUCUCAGGCUUCCUGCUCUUCCCAGACUAGAGGAGCAGCAGAGCUCACCCCAGCACCCCGACACCUUCUACCUGCCCUGAACACACUGCUCGCUGCUGGGCUCUUCCUGAUGCUCCCAGUUUCUCUGCAGGGAGGGCAUCAAGCCCAGCAGCCAGACCCAGCCCUCGGUCUGGGGGCUGAGCAUGGUAGCUGUUGCACAGGGGGAACAGGCACAUCUGGUACAUCUGCACCCAGAGUGAUGGUGCUGAGCUCCUGGUCCUGCUGGCCCUGCCACGUGCAUCCCCCCUUGCUAACCCCACAUUACUUCAGAGGUCUGCCUGUGUUUUUCCUCUCCCCACCUGGGCUGCCUCAGGUUCAGCCAGGUGUCCUGGCCCAGGCUGCAGCAACCCCUUUGCCAUGAGCUGGCUGUGGAAAGUGUCAAUAAAUCC